AAACAUUCCAUAAUUGGAGUAUAAAUGUAUUGGCUUCACCUUAAUUGCUUAAAUUGGUUCCACCUUCUUGGUGCUUGAGGAAUGCAUAGGAUACUUACUUUAUAUAUAUGCCACAAUCAUGAUGGAAUUGGGGAAUCUUUUGCUUAUCCAAAGUUAAAAACAUCGCUUUCUUCCUUCCUACUUUUCUUUUGAAUAAGAGAUCAUAUUUUGUUGAACCAAGAGGGGAAAAAGGCUUAAGUUGGUUCGAUAUAGGAUCAGACAAGUCUAUAUAUGUAUCUCUUUCUUCUUUAAAGAAGAUGAGAUUGUUUCAAAGUUCUUAAGAGAGCAAAUGAAGGGAAAGCGGGGCAGCUGAAGGAAGUGGCUAAUGAUCCUAUUGUGCUCAAGUGGGAGAGUCUCGCUAAAGGUACGUACCUAAUUGACUUCUACAGAGGAGGCCAUUUAAAGCUGUCUGCAGCACAAAGAAAGCAGAGUGCAGGCGGAAAGGAAAGCCAUGGAUGUUAUGGUUGGAAAACUUCUGCAACAACUGCUACUCGGGCUCAUAAUUUUAGCAGCCACAGCAGCAUCCAUUCCAAACUCAUCAAUCUGCGACCGUAUGUGUGGAAAUAUUAAAAUCCCCUACCCAUUUGGAACAAGCGAGGGCUGUUCCCUUGACAAACCUUUUCUCAUCACGUGUAACCACACGUUCCAUCCUGCAAUACCAUUUCUGGACCGUGGUAUAGCUGUUGAGGACAUAUCAGUACUAAAUGGGGAACUGCGAGUCUCAAACGACGUAGCCCUCCUUUGCAAAGGCCUCCACCCUCCAGACAAUGUGUACGAUUUCCUCGAAGCUGGCCCCCGGACUUUAAAUGACAAAAACGCAGAAGCUAUUCCUUGCGGUUCCAGAGAUCCAUCACAGUAUGCUAAUUGCGUCUCCCCCAGAUCAACUGUGAACUACACAGGCAUCUCUGCCUUGCUUAAUUUGUCAAGUUUUCGCAUCUCAGAAACGAGGAACAAGAUCACUGCUGUUGGUUGUGAUGUUUAUACGUAUAUUCAAGGUUCAGAUCAGGGACAGAAGGGCUUCACCACUGGAUGCUUAUCACUCUGUGACCAAAAUCUCACCGUGGUUAACGGGUCUUGCUCUGGCAUUGGUUGCUGCCAGACUUCUAUCCCAAAAGGAGCAACGGGGUAUAUUUUGAAUGUUCGGAGAUUGAGCAACGAUACCUUACCUGCUGGCAAAGAAUCCAAAGAUCGAUCAUGUGGUUACGGCUUUAUAGUGGAUGAACAAGCAUACAAUUUUUCCUCCUUAGAUUUCGUAAACUUAAAGAAUAGGAGUUCUGUACCCCUGGUGCUUGAUUGGGCAAUUGGAAAUAAGAGAUGCAAAGAUGCUCAGAAAAAAAAGGGAAGCUAUGCAUGUAAGGCAACGCAUAGUUAUUGUUACGAUUCCACCAACGGCCCUGGUUAUCGUUGCAAUUGCUCGGAGGGUUAUCUAGGGAACCCUUACAUCCCUGAUCAUGAACAUGAGAGUUGCCAAGAUAUUGAUGAGUGCAUGGGUCUUCGGAAACUUUGCAAUGCAAAUGCAACAUGCACCAACACUGAUGGAAAUUACAAAUGUACUUGUCCCAAGGGAUACGAAGGCGAUGGGAGGAAAGACGGAACAGAUUGCAGGCCUAUAGUACUCGGCCAAUCUAAUAAUAAGAUCAUCAGCAUUGCAUUGGGUGUCAGCAUAAGCCUCUUAGUGCUCCUUGUAGGAACCUCCUGGGUAUAUUGGGCACUCAAGAAAAGAAAACUCAUUAAACUCAAAGAGAAGUGGUUCCAGCAAAAUGGUGGCUUAUUGUUACAACAACGACUCCGAAAUCACACAGGAUCUAUGGAUACAGCAAAAAUCUAUAGUGCAGAAGAACUUGAAAAGGCAACAGACAAUUACAACAAAAGUAAAAUCCUUGGUCAAGGAGGCUACGGAACUGUUUACAAAGGAGUGUUGCUAGAUAACAAAGUGGUUGCAAUUAAAAAGUCAAAAAUUGGUGAUCAAAGUCAGAUAGAGCAAUUCAUAAACGAGGUAGUUCUGCUUACUAAAAUCAACCACCGGAAUGUUGUCAAAUUGUUAGGUUGUUGUUUGGAAACAGAAGUUCCCUUAUUAGUCUAUGAGUUCAUCACAAAUGGGACACUUUCUGACCAUAUUCAUGAUAAAAGCCGGUCUUCCUUACUCUCAUGGGACAAGCGUCUGAAGAUAGCUACAGAAACUGCAGGAGCCCUUGCAUACUUACAUUAUGAAGCGUCUAUGCCAAUUAUACAUAGAGAUGUGAAAACUGCAAAUAUACUUUUGGAUGGUAACCACACAGUAAAAGUAUCAGACUUUGGAGCUUCAAGACUCGUUCCUUUGGAUCAAGCACAUGAAUUAACUACGUUGGUGCAAGGAACACGUGGGUACUUGGAUCCAGAAUACUUACUUACAAGUCAUCUAACGGAAAAAAGUGACGUCUAUAGUUUUGGUGUUGUUUUAGCUGAGUUAUUAACAGGUAAGAAAGUAAUUUCUUUCCUUAGGCCUGAAAAUGAGAGAAAUUUGGCGACAUACUUCGUUUCUAUGCUAGAAGAGGAUCGCCUAUUGGAAAUUCUUGAUGAUCACAUCUACAAUGGGAGUAAUGCUGAAGAACUAAAAAAAGUUGCUGAUGUUGCAAAAAGAAGCCUUAGUGUUAAAGGAGACAAUAGGCCCACUAUGAAGGAAGUGGCAGUGGAACUAGAUGGAUUGAGAAUUAAGGAAAAGUAAUCAAGGAAAAAAGCUAAUCACAACAGAGAAGAGAGUGAGCAACUGCUUGGAUUGCUACUAUCUAUUGCAUCCACUUAUUUCUCUACCCCUCACUCCCAAUCAUGCAUGUUUCUUUCUAUCUUUCUCUUUCCAAAUCCUUCCAGCUUUUCUAGAUCGUCUUUUUUGUGCUGUCAUCAUCUUUUCUUGUCCUCGUCGUUUCCAUCUUGAGUCUAUCGGCCACUUUCCAUAAGCUGGCCUAGCUCCAUUGAUUGGAUUGGAUUCAAAUAUGCCCAUCGACUAAAUGGAGAUUUUAGUCUUGAUCCUUGCAAGUUAGGAUGUUAACAGAUCUUUCUGUAUGCUAAAGUAUUGUUAACUCAUGUGCUUUGCUAUAUUGCGUGCUUUUGUAUUGGUGUGCUUUUGGAUCAGUGAGCAAUUCGAUCAUGUAUCUAAUUAGGUGUGUGCUUUUUGAGUAUUCGUGUAAAUGUAUGUCAUAAGUUUUUAUUCGUGAUUUAUUUUUUGGUAAA